AUGGGUCUCUCUUAUGCCUCGAUACCAAAGUUAUCCGAGCUGCCCUCUGCCCGCUCCUUUAGGCAGAUGGUGGUAUUUAUGCACGGCCUUGGUGACACGGGAAGCAGCUGGGCUCCGUUUUUCGAGCAUUACCAUAAAGAACAUCCGGAUACUCUCUUUAUAUUUCCAGAUGCCCCAAUUCAGCCGGUAACCCUAAAUGGGGGCAUGAGGAUGCCCUCGUGGUAUGACAUUGUCCAUUUGGAUCCUGUAGAGCCUAUUGAAGAUAGAAAGGGAUUUGAAUCCUCGUCUAUUGCGAUUGCAUCUUUAAUUGAGACACUUUCCAAGAGAUUCCCGUCUAAUCAACUUGUUGUUGGCGGGUUUUCCCAGGGAGGUGCGGUUUCCCUGUAUGCAUCUUUGAAGAGCCACAUAAAACCGUCUGCUUUGAUUAUCCUUUCGUCCUAUUUACCGUUUGCAAAGAGCGAUUUUUCACCGGCGGCGAUGAAUUCGGAGUCUCCCCAGAUACGUCUUGAUGUCCCUGUGUUUUGGGGACAUGGAACUGCCGAUUUUCUUAUUCCUAUCUAA